AUGACUACAGCUGCCAAACAAGCUGUCAAGUCAUGGUCAUCUACGCUUCUGCUACCAAAAUCCUCGUUUCCGGCGCGUCCUUCUGCCAAAGACACAGCGCGAUAUAUCCAACGAUGUGCCGAUGACCUGUAUUCGUGGCAGCGCCGAGAAAGGUCUGCCGACAAUACUUUUACGCUCCACGAUGGUCCUCCGUACGCGAACGGCACUCUGCAUAUCGGGCAUGCGUUGAAUAAGAUUUUGAAGGACAUUGUGUGCAGAACCCAGCUUGCACAGGGCAAACGAGUAAGCUAUGUUCCAGGAUGGGAUUGUCACGGUCUUCCAAUUGAGCUCAAAGCGCUUGAACGCCAUGACUGGAAGAAAGGCGGCGACCAUGAUGCCCUUGCUGUGCGGAAGGCUGCGAGGGCUUUUGCAGAGGCAGCAGUCCAAGAACAAAUGAGUGGCUUCAAAUCAUGGGGAGUAAUGGGUGAUUGGGCAGGGCACUGGAAAACAAUGGACAAGGACUUCGAGCUUCGGCAGCUGUCUGUAUUUAAGGAGCUGGCCCGCAAAGGAUUGAUCUAUCGCCGACUCAAGCCCGUAUAUUGGUCUCCUUCGUCUGAGACUGCACUUGCAGAAGCAGAGCUGGAAUAUAAAGAUGAUCAUGUAUCUACAGCCGCCCUUGUCAAGUUCCCACUUGUUCGGCAUCCAUUCAGUCAUGAUGAACAGCUCGUUAGUGCCGUCAUCUGGACUACGACACCAUGGACCAUCCCUGCCAAUCAAGCAAUUGCGGUCCGCAAGGAUCUGGAGUACGUCGUCGUCCGCUCGAAAGCCCAUGGCAAUCUUCUGCUUGCGCAAUCGCGUCUAGACUUUGUUAGCGCGCUCAUUAAUGAGGAACUACAAGAUGUGCAACACACAAUUUCUGGGUCUGGGCUCCUGGACGCUCAACCAAACUAUAGAUCACUAUUCAAUAUCCACGAUUCUGAUCGGCCCCUGUUCCAUGCAGACUUCGUAAAGUCAGAUGCUGGUACUGGUCUGGUUCACUGUGCUCCUGGUCAUGGGAUGGAUGACUAUCACGCACUAUGGCCGCUCAUUCAAGCGAAGGAGAUUUCCAUCCUUGCCCCUGUUGAUUCCAAAGGAUGCUUCACUGGCGAUGCGGUGCCAAACGAUGGGUCUCUGCUGGAGGGUCAAAAAGUCCUAAGCGAUGGUAACAAGACUGUCCUCAAUCUGCUGAAGGAACAACAAAGUCUGCUCGUCUCCUAUAAUUACGUGCACUCGAGCCCAUAUGAUUGGCGAACGAAAGAGCCUGUUAUUGUUCGGGCUACUGCUCAAUGGUUUGCUGAUGUAAGCAGUGUCCGAAACGAGGCGAUUGCGUCUCUCGAGGAUGUAGACUUUUUUCCCGCUGGCGGCAAAGUGCGAUUGACGAGUUUCCUGCAGAAUAGGAGCGAGUGGUGCAUCUCACGUCAAAGGGCCUGGGGCGUACCUAUUCCAGCCCUGUAUAGGGUUGACAAUGAAGAGGCGGUGCUUACAGCGGAAAGCAUUGACCACAUCAUCAGUGUCGUGGAAGAGAGAGGCGUUGAUGCAUGGUGGUCUGAUGCUGCCAACGACCCUUCUUGGAUUUCGCCCCAAAUUCUCCAACAUGCGAGAGUCGAGGAUUUUCGUCGCGGGACUGACACAAUGGAUGUAUGGUUCGACAGUGGUACAAGUUGGACACAGUUGCCUGGAGGCAUUCCAAGCAACAGAAGACCACUGGCAGAUGUUUACUUGGAGGGCACUGAUCAGCAUCGAGGCUGGUUUCAGUCCAGUGUUCUAACAAGAAUCGCUUAUCAGCAGUCAACACGGAAUCUUGUUGUUCCUACAGCACCUUUCGGAUCCCUUAUCACACAUGGCUUCACUUUGGAUGAGAAAGGCAAAAAAAUGAGUAAAUCUGAAGGAAAUGUGAUUGCGCCGGAUGAGAUCAUUCAUGGUGCAGCGUAUCCUCCAGACUCAUUGAAGAAAGACCGAGGAAAAGGCAAAGCUGGGUCUUUCACGGCUUCUCCAGGGCCUGACGCGUUGCGCUUGUGGGUUGCCAGUAGCGACUUCACAAAAGACGUCAUCGUCAGCGAUACAGUGAUCAAGAAUGUGCACUCAGCUUUGCACAAGUACAGGGUGACGAUCAAGCUUCUGCUUGGUGCGCUAAAAGACUUUAAUCCCACAGACCUUAUGCCCUACCAUGAACUCAGUCAGAUGGAUCAGAUUGCAUUGCUUCAGUUGUUCCAGGUCAAGCAGGUAGUAAGAGUUGCCUAUGAAGAAAAAGAGUUCUAUAAAGCCAUCAGUGCUAUUAACAGAUGGAUUAAUACUGACUUUUCGGGUCUUUACGUGGAGGCCAUCAAGGACUCUCUCUACUGUGAUGAUUUCCGAAGCCGAACACGAAGAGCGAUACAGACAACACUCUACCGAAUUUUGACUGAAUUGCAGGCAAUGCUUGCUCCAGUCACACCUUUGCUAAUCGAAGAGUCGUGGGAGCAUGCCCCUGAGGGCAUUAAGGCCUCAGACGUGCACCCACUGCACCGAUCAUGGACGCCAGCGCCAAAAGAAUGGAACAAUGUUGAUAUCGACACCAUCCUUCCUGUGCUUCUAGCCACCAACACGGCGGUGAAAAGUGCGCAAGAAAAAGCAAGAUCGGCCAAACUGAUGGGCUCUUCGCUGGAGUCAUUCGUCACCUUGCUGGCGCCAAACAAUCCAUCGGGCAAGCAAGCUCUUGUUGCCUGGCAGGGUUCUGCGAUGCGGCAGAUGCUUGUGGUUUCGGACCUUUGCAUUGCUUUGGGCGGCGAUGAAAGAGUAUCCGAGCUGGAGCAUGAAUUGUCUACCCGCGAGGAGAUACAGACGUGGAUGUACAAUGAGCCGAUUGAGUUUCCUGAUGGCUCAAAGGGAUGGGCACUAGUGCAGAAGCCCAAGUCAUCCAAGUGUGCGAGGUGUUGGCGCUACAGGGCCGACGGACAGGCUUACAAUGAGGACCUGAAAGUCUCCAAUGCCGGUAUCACUGACACGCCUGUAGCAGCGAAUGAUACCAAAACAGAGCAGCUUUGUGCUCGGUGCAGAGCUGUGGUCCUGGAUUUGCAAAAGGCGACAGGAUGA